UCCUUGGUGACGACACUUCCUGUUUUCUCUCGGCACGUGUUGAACUGUUGACGAUAGAGAAGAAUUAAUCAAGUCUCGUUUUAAAGUCAUAUACCAAGACAAUGGGCUUGUUUUCUAUAAAAAGCAAGAAACAGUAUGUCAAAAAGGGUGGUCGGAGGAAAAAGGGGUAUGUCCCUUGUAACAGAACAGAGAAGAAGAAGCAGAAGAGGAACACGAGCAGUCAGGUGCUGGUGGAGGAUGAUGAGUUAAUGAGCCGGGAACAGCUGCGGAAGAAGCUGAAGAACCGGAACACCAGUAUCACAGUAUCUGGCAAACGUCGACAAAAGAUGUUGAAGAGGCUCCGACACACAGUGAAAGAUGACAGCAAGUUGAUACAAGUGGAUGCUGAAAUGGAGGAGGAACCAAAACAGAAGAAGAGCAAGAAGAAGAGCAAGAAGUCAGGGGAAGUGGAUAUGGAUGAAGAGUUGUAGUCAUUGAGACGAGGAAGAUACUACUUCAUGUCAGCCUGAUUGAUUCACACAUUAAAGCAUGGUUGGUUUGGAAGAGUGAUUCAGUUCAUGGUGAAUGCCAUUGGAUAUCUAGCAGAACAUGCACACCUCUUGUGGAAAUGAUUGGUUUUGACCAUUGGCAUGACUGUCACAAAACUUCUGACAAAACCACUGUUCAUGAGCACCACAUCCAGUGGGAUGGUUGUCGGAAAUGUUUGCCAGAUGCCGUAGUGAUCUGAAUAUUGUGUUAAAAGGAUCACUGUAUAUGUGCUUGUCAUUAAUCGUGUAUGUUGGGAGUCCAAGAGUCAAGAGCUCACGUUGGACGUUGUAAAUAUCUGUAAAUAUGUCAACAUAAGCUGUUGUUUCUCUCUGUCACUGUCAUGUAUAUCAGAUCUUUUACUUGAUAUGAUACAUCUCUUGAUGGAGAUUGGGAAUGCCUCCAUAGCUGUGGAGGCUUCUGAAUGCUAGGAAUGAGCAGGGGUGAUGGGUUCAAACUGACCUUGUUCAAUUCCCACAUGGUACAAUUCGUGAAGCCCAUUUCUGGUGUUCCCUGCCGAGAUAUUGCUGGAAUAUUGCUAAAAGUGGCGUAAAACCAAACUCACUCACUAGUAAUGAGUAGAGAUAUUCAGACACAUAUAUUUGAUUUCUGUCUCUCAAAUACAAAUCAUCAGCAUUAUCAAAUAAACAGCAGCCUUUUAUUAAAAGUGUUUGGGAUAUUUUCUAUAUUCUGUCAUUUCUAAGUGCCAUGUGAUUACUCAUCCUGCAGCUUUUUUGAAUGGCAUAUAUAAAUGACAGGAUCCUGAUCCACAAAGCGUUCGUAAUGUUACAACCUGUUGUAACUAUAUUGUUUAUCAUAGGCUUAUGAAUGAUGUAGUGAUGUAACGCUUUGUGGAUAGGGUCUAUGGGGGUUUAUCGAAUCAAAGGAAUCUAUGUUAAACUGUGUCAUGAUAUCUGAGGCAGGCCUUUGUCAGAAUUAUUCAAACAGUUACACACAUAUCCUACAAGAAGGACAUAAUCUCCAGCGUGCCGUUAUACCCCUAUCGACCUCACCUCCCACAUUAGUGUCAUGGCACCUCCCUCCGAUAGUGUCAACUAUGGAGGGUAUUUAUCUUCUGAUGUGUUUUUCUUUAGUUACUCGUAAAAGUUCUGAAUUAUGAUGGUAAAGAAAUUAUUCCAAUUUAGUUGAGAAUGCUUACAUUUGAUUGGCUUAAGAGCACUAAGAUUAAGAUUGGGGGUCAAGGUUUGCACAAGGUCAUGACCUUGACAUGACCUUCUAAUGAAGUGUCAUCAGAUCUUGUAGCGGAGAUGUAACCUCCUGAAGUAAAAGAUCUGAAAGUGGAUUAGUGACUCCUUGAGAUGUAAAUGUCUUGCAUUAAAAAAAUACUGACAGAU